AUGGUCGUUAAAUAUUAUUAUCUUCUCGUUAUUAUUUUUAUGAUUUCUUCAAUUUUAUCAGAAAAUAUUGGAUUUAAUUUACCAUCGUUAAAUAAUGGUAAAAUUAUUCAAUCUGAUACAAUACUUUCACCAGAAACAAUACAUUUAACUGUGCAUGAAACUAGUUAUUCAACUGAAGAAAAAAUUAAAUAUAUUAACGGAUGUAUUAAACAAUGUAUGGAAACUCGUCAACAAAGAAGAAAAAAAAGAGAUCUUUUUGAUAAUGGUAGAGAUACUUGUAUUCAAACGCAAUGUCGAAUUUAUGAACGACGUCGUUAA